GGCAGAAGAAAACAAAUCAAGGGAAUGUGAAAAACGCGCUCGUGAUGCCGAAAAGAUGUGCAAGAUGAAAGAUUCAAUAAUAGAGAAGACAACCAAAAUCAGCAGAGAUUUGGAGGAAAAGUUGAUUCAUACAACUGAUGAUCGUGACAGAUUAUCUCAUCGAUGUGGAAAGUUGGAAGAACAACUUCAGGAAGCCUUAGAAAGAGCUGCUGAUUGUGAAAAGUUCAGACAUCAGCUUGCCGCCAAAACGGAACUGCUGGAUAAACUGUUAUCAGAGCAGACGAAUGAGUCAGUAUCAAUAGGAGAAUCAGGCAUCAAUGCUGCUAAUGAAUUUUUCAAAUCUGAGAUUCAAAGAGCGGAAUUAGAGGUCAUUGAGGCUAAAGAGACAAGGCGAGAAAUGGAGAAGUCUGUUGAUGAAAUGCGAGUUAAAAAGGAAGAAAUGGAGGACAAACUAUCAAAGCAAAUAGAAGAAACUGAGUCUCUCUUAGAUAAAUGUUCAGUUCUUGAAACGCGAAUAAAAGAACUCGUUGAUAAAAAAACCAGAGUUGAUCCUCUUAGUAACCGCCUGAUUGGUCCUGCCCUUCCUCCAUGGAUUGUGGAAGAAAAGCGAUCAGCCAGUGAAUCGGCCGAAAAACUAUCUACCAUGGAACCUGCACAGCUUCGGAUAAAGGUCCUUGAUCUUGAACAACGUCUAAAAGAGCUGGAUCAACUUUGCGAAUAUCGAGAAGAUGUUAUUUUACGUAUUCAUGACGAAAUCACUAAAAAAGCUGCGCGUUUAGAGGCCUGUGAAGUUGAAAAGUCGGGGCUCCAGGCGCAGGUGCAGAUAUUAAAACGGGAACUUGCUGAAGCCCGCGGUGAGAGUGGUUCAAGUCGACGUGGUCUAGGACAUGGUGGCAGUAGUUCCUCGCUGUGUUCUGCCGUUUUGCUCGCGUCAGAUAUUGAGCCAGAGCUCGAACGAUUGCGUGGUAAACGAGAU